AUGGCGAUAGAGGUGCAGUACACGGGCCUGCAGUGGGGCUAUGAGCUCCAGUACACGGGCUACUCCGUCCCUGCGUCGGAGGCAUGGCCGGGAGUGCCUGCGUUUCUUCAAGCCAUCGAGAUGUUCUUCGGGUGUUUUUUCUUGAUGGAGAUGGUUCUGAAGCUCUGCGGCCUUGGAAAGGAGUUCUUCUACGACCUGUGGAACUGGUUUGACUCGUCACUAGUGAUGCUUUGGCUCGUUGACACGCUCCUCACAAAUCUCCCGAUCGAGACGCCUUUCCUGAGGUUGAUACGGUUGAUGAGAUUGAUCCGGCUCGUGAAACUUGUGCGAUUUGUACAAGGCUUCGACUCUCUGAUUGUGAUGACAACGGCUCUGCUUCACUCCGUGAACGCCUUGCUCUGGGUUGCUGUUAUCAUGAUAAUGGUUCAGCUGCUGUUUGCGCUUCUGCUCAACCAGGUCUUGAUGACAUUGGUUACAUCGUCAAUUUUUGAGUUCUCUGUCGACGAGCAGACGCAGUUGUUUGAGUACUUCGGUACUUUUCCCCGUGCUAUGCUGACAAUGUUUCAGAUGACACUGGGCACGUGGGUUCCAGUCGCUCGCAUUCUGCAGGAGCUGGUCAGCCCGAUAUUCAACUUGUUUACCAUCGUGCAUAAGGUGACGGUCGGUUUCGCUUGCAUAGGAGUUAUCAAUGGUGUGUUCAUGCAAGAAACGAUGCGAGUGGCACAGACAGACGAUGUGAUCAUGAUGCGGGAUGUGGCCAGGAAGGAGAAGAUCCACAGCAAAAAGAUGCAUGACUUUUUCCAGUACACGAACCGCUCAGGUUCCACCAUCACCAGGUCGGAAUGGAAUGCAGUGAUGGGAAAUGCCGGUGCCCGGCAUUGGUUUGCAGCGCAAGGCCUCCCAAUGCAAGACCCUGAUCUCGUCUUCGACCUCCUCGACCAGGACAAGAGCGAGUGUGUCGGGAUGGACGAACUGCUCAGAGGGGUGUCUCAGACAGAUUCAGACCAUCAGUGUCACUGUGUUGCGCUGUUGCUGCGGCACUCCAGGCCCGUUUGUCACCUUUGGUGCAUGUGA